AUGUACAACAACACACGGGGGAGCUACUCCGACGACACCCAGACGUACUAUGACGGGUUCCGGCACGACGACGGCAAAAACGACCCUCAGGCGGGAUCCAUUUCGACCCACAUACCACACAACCCCCACAAUGACAUGCCCAGCUCCAUCGCCAUUCCAGAAGCCAACCCUGACUCACACUACACCAACCACAACUCCACCCACAAUCAGCAUCACCAUUCCGAGUACUCGGCAUACUCUGCGCCGGGCCCAGAUCAUAUGAUGGGCUCCUACAUCACGCAGCUAGGGACUCCGCAUCUGGUAAGCUCCCUGUUUCUGUCACCUCCCACGGAAGAGUCCACCAUUUCCACCCCGGGCACGGCGGUGGUGACGGCCCCGCGUCAUUCGGUGGAGAUGAAUCUGCGCGUCAACAACGGCGCAGGGCCCACUCCUCCGUUUCUGCCCGACUAUCCGUUCUACACCCACGACUUUCGAUAUGGCAGACACAAGGACGGUGCAGAACCACAUCCUCCUCAGCAAAAGACCCAAGCCCAGGGUCAGACAAAAACACAACAUACUCGAGGUCAGUCUCAGCCCCAGCCCCAGACUCAGACUCAGACGCAGACUCAAACACAAACACAAACACAAAUCCCCAAGCAGACAAGUUCGCCAGUAAUCUCAAAAGUAUCGCCACCUCGAGUCUCGCCCGUGGCUCAGAAGGCCGGGCUCAAUGUCUCGCCUACUCUGUCGUCCGGCAGCCCCUCGCAGCUGUCUCCGUCCCCCGAAGAGAUGGCGUAUUCAUCGUCCUUCAGCGCGAAAUCGGAAAACCCCAAGCGGGUCUACAAAAAAAAGACGCUCACGGCCCAACAGAAACUCGUGCAUAACCAGAUUGAACGCAAGUACAGGUCCGCCAUUAAUUUGGGACUUCUACGUCUCAAGUCGCUGGUCCCCUGGUACCAACUGGUUGAGGGAGAAGAUCAAGAGGUGGCCAUCAAGAGAGAGGAGGAAUGGACGGAAGGCGGGGCGGGGCCUUCGGGCUCUGGGGCCAACCAGAUGUCUAAUUCAGGGCUCCAUCCAUCCCAGGAUCCCUCAGGAUGCCCCUAUUCUCUCGACGAACUGGCCACACUGUCCUCAAAGGCUGGCAUUCUGCAGGUUUCAGCUGAGUACGUGCAGUACCUCCAGUCCGAGGUAGCCAGGUUGAAGGGGGCUACGCUGUGA